CCUUUCGAACCAUCCGAAGGAAUUUCCAAAAACAAUCUCUCAAAUCUCUCAAACGCCCAGUAAACCAAAGAAAUCCGUCUGCAAAUCUCAUUACAUAAACUCCCGAACGUCAAGAUGUCGAUCAUCCCGAGCACCUUUAGCCGAAGAACCAACGCCUGCGAUCCCUUCUCCCUCGACGUAUGGGACCCAUUUCAAGGUUUCCCCUUCAACUCCUCUCUCUUCCCGUCUCGCUCCGAUUUCGGCAGAGAAACUUCUCAAUUCGCAAACACGCAGAUAGAUUGGAAGGAGACUCCGGAAGCGCACGUCUUCAAAGCGGAUCUGCCUGGCCUCAGGAAGGAGGAAGUGAAGGUGGAGGUUGAAGAAGGGAGAGUGCUCCAGAUCAGUGGCGAGAGGAGCAAAGAAAAGGAAGAUCAGAACGACACGUGGCACCGUGUUGAGAGAUCAAGUGGAAAGUUCAUGAGGCGAUUCAGGUUGUCGGAGAACGCGAAGGCGGAGGGAGUGAAGGCAACAAUGGAGCAUGGAGUCCUGACUGUAACAGUUCCGAAAGAGGUGGUGAAGAAGCUCGAUGUGAAAUCCAUUGAAAUCUCUGGUUAAGAAAGAACAAGGGCAGGGUUGUAAAUAAUAUGUAGUCUGGGGUUUUGACUUUAGGUGUUGUUGUCUUGUUGCUUUAGAAUCGGGUGUGGUUCUGCGGACUACCCUUAAAUAAUAAAUAUACAUUUAGUUUUUUGGUC